AUGUGCCGAGCCUAUUUUGGGCUAUUUUAUGCUUUACAUAUAUCUGCAUAUUAGAUUUUUGGUGCUGGCACCUAAAUCUUUGCGUUAUUGUUUUAGGGUAAUUUAAAUGUUAUUACACCAGCAAUAUCGCCUUGAAUUAUGCUUUGUUGCUUGUUUCUGGCAUUUUGUAUUGUUUUUAUUUUGCUAUGGCUGUAUGCUAACGCAAUAAGGGUUUGAUAUUGAACUAAACAUGAGAAAAAAAUUCCUGACAGUAAGAGCUGAUCAAUAGCAGAACUGUUUCUCUUGGGAGAUUGUGGACUCUCCUUCCUCUGAGGUUUCUAUGCAGAGGUUGGGUGCCUCCACCUCUCUCGGCCGAGCAGUGGCAAGAGUCCAUGGGAUUCUAGGCAUUCACCCAGGGUCCAGGGUCCUUUGGAGAAUUCACCUAUUUACAACUUCAUGGAGGGAGUCCAGAUCUCACAGCAUGGUCAGCCUUCAGCCAGUCUAUCCAAGAUGGAUCCUCGUCUUUCUGCUUCUCUUCACCCCCCCCCCCAGCUCUGUAGUCAUCUCCGAGUGAUUUGGUCUCUCUGUGUGAGGAGGAAUUGCCUGUUGCAAGUCACUUGUGGCAAGACCCUAGAAAAACACAAUGCAGAAUGACGCUGGGGAAUUUGUGGAUCUCUAUGUUCCUCGCAAAUGCUCCACUAGCAACCAAAUAAUUGGUGCUAAAGACCAUGCUUCCAUCCAAAUAAGUAUUUCUGGCCAAUUCAAAACUUAUGCAAUUUGUGGGGCAAUUUGUAGGAUGGGAGAAUCUGAUGACUCUAUUCUGCGCCUUGCAAAGAAGGAUGGGAUAGUUUCCCAGAAUUUCCAAAGCAUGAAAAAGCAGCAUGAUCUGAAAUUUGUUAUAAAAUAAAAGAAAGAAAGAAAGAAAGAAAGAAAGAAAGAAAGAAAGAAAGAAAGAAAGAAAGAAAACUUUCGGACAGAAAGUACAAAAGUCUUUUAGAGAGGAAAACUCCUUUAUGGCUUUCCCCUAUAGAGGCAAGUCCACAAAAAGGUUUUUUAAAAUAUACAGGUGAGCUGGAGUACCUAUAAAGAUAUACUUAUCUGUAUGGGAGGUAGAUGGAAACUUUAAAAACAGGAUGAAAUACAAGACUGUAUGGCAAGCUGGUUGCAAUAUCAUCAGAUUCCUGAACAGUUUAAAAAGGAUGUGCCGACUGGUUUAAUGAACAAAAGUCUGUCUGAUUUUGAAAUGAGACUGUGGAAAAUAAUGAGAAAUUAAUUUCCAAAAUGUAUAAACUGCUGUUAGAAUAGAAAAGAAAAGAUGAAAUGGUGAAGUCAGCAAUGAUACAUUGGGCUAAAUAUUUAUAAUAUAGAGAUGACCGUAUGGGAGAGACUAUCGAAGACAGAUUUAUAAUUUACUGCGUAUUAUACAUAGAAAGAUAAUUAUAUGGAAAUGGUAGAUGGUA